GAUUAUUUCAAUCUGUCUUUAAUAGCAUUCCAAGGUCACAGAAGAUCAGUGGCAUUCCUUUGGGAUUGGCAAGGUCCCCAAUAAAGUGCCACCAUGAGCACAGACGCGGAGAUGGCGGCCUAUGGCCCUGCGGCAAUUUACCUCAGAAAAGGAGAGAGGGAGAGGAUUGAGGCUCAAGCAGCACCAUUUGAUGCCAAGACAGCCUUUUUUGUGGCUGAUACUGCUGAAAUGUAUCUGAAGGGUAAACUCAUCAAAAGAGAGGGUGGCAAAGCCACAGUUGAGACGCUGCUAUAUGAAGGAAAACCGUCAAAGACUCUCACUGUAAAAGAGGAUGACAUCCAUCCCAUGAAUCCUCCCAAGUAUGAUAAAAUUGAGGACAUGGCCAUGAUGACCCAUCUCAAUGAACCGUGUGUGCUGUAUAACCUCAAAGAGCGUUUUGCAUCAUGGAUGAUCUACACUUACUCUGGCCUCUUCUGCGUCGUUGUGAACCCCUACAAGUGGCUUCCUGUGUACGAUGCUGAGGUUGUCAAUGCAUACAGGGGCAAGAAGAGGAUUGAGGCUCCGCCCCACAUCUUCUCCAUCUCUGAUAAUGCCUAUCAGUUCAUGCUCACUGAUCGUGAGAACCAGUCUAUCCUUAUCACUGGAGAAUCCGGUGCAGGAAAGACUGUCAACACCAAGCGUGUCAUCCAGUACUUUGCAACAAUUGCAGUGGCCGGUGCAAAAAAGGAGACGAGUAAAAUAAAGGGUUCACUGGAAGAUCAAAUCAUUGCGGCCAACCCUCUGCUUGAGGCCUACGGCAACGCCAAGACUGUGAGGAAUGACAACUCUUCUCGUUUCGGUAAAUUCAUUAGAAUUCACUUUGGAACCACUGGCAAACUGGCCUCCGCUGAUAUUGAAACGUAUUUGCUGGAAAAGUCCCGUGUCACCUUCCAAUUGUCUGCUGAGAGGAGUUACCACAUCUUCUAUCAAUUGAUGACUGGCCACAAGCCUGAGCUCCUUGAGAUUCUCCUGAUCACCACCAACCCCUAUGACUACCCUAUGAUCAGUCAGGGGGAAAUCACUGUCAAAAGCAUUGACGACGUUGAGGAGUUCAUUGCAACAGAUACGGCCAUUGACAUCUUGGGCUUCACUGCUGAUGAGAAAAUGGGCAUCUACAAGCUGACAGGAGCUGUGAUGCAUCACGGCAGCUUGAAAUUCAAGCAGAAGCAGCGUGAGGAGCAAGCUGAACCUGAUGGCAAUGAGGUGGCUGAUAAAAUCGCCUAUCUCGUCGGUCUGAACUCAGCCGACAUGCUGAAAGCUUUGUGCUAUCCAAGAGUCAAAGUUGGAAAUGAGAUGGUGACCAAAGGUCAGACUGUGCCACAGGUCAACAACGCUGUCAAUGCUCUGUGCAAGUCCAUCUAUGAGAAAAUGUUCUUGUGGAUGGUCAUCCGUAUCAAUGAGAUGCUAGCCACGAAGCAGCCGAGACAGUUCUACAUCGGAGUGUUGGAUAUCGCUGGAUUUGAGAUCUUUGAUUACAACAGCUUGGAGCAACUCUGCAUUAACUUCACCAAUGAGAAACUGCAACAGUUUUUCAACCACCACAUGUUCGUCCUGGAGCAAGAGGAGUACAAGAAGGAAGGCAUUGAUUGGGAGUUCAUUGACUUCGGUAUGGACUUGGCUGCCUGCAUUGAGCUUAUCGAGAAGCCAAUGGGCAUCUUCUCCAUCCUUGAAGAGGAGUGCAUGUUCCCCAAGGCCUCUGAUACAUCUUUCAAGAACAAGCUGCAUGAUCAGCAUCUUGGCAAAACCAAAGCCUUUGAGAAGCCCAAACCCGGAAAGGGCAAGGCCGAAGCUCACUUCUCCCUGGCUCACUACGCCGGUACAGUGGACUACAGCAUCACCGGAUGGCUGGACAAGAACAAGGACCCCCUGAAUGACUCAGUUAUUCAGCUGUACCAAAAAUCUUCAAACAAACUGCUGGCAUUACUUUAUUUAACCCACAAUGCACCUGAGGAGGGUGCUGGUGGCAAAAAGGCUGGAAAGAAGAAGGGAGGUUCCUUCCAGACUGUGUCUGCUCUUUUCAGAGAGAAUUUGGGCAAACUGAUGAGCAACUUGAGGAGCACCCACCCUCAUUUUGUCCGUUGCUUGAUUCCUAAUGAAUCAAAAACCCAAGGUCUCAUGGAGAACCACUUGGUCAUCCACCAGCUGAGGUGUAACGGUGUGCUGGAAGGCAUCAGAAUCUGCAGAAAGGGCUUCCCCAGCAGAAUCCUCUACGCUGACUUUAAGCAGAGAUAUAAAGUAUUGAAUGCUAGUAUAAUCCCUGAGGGACAGUUCAUUGACAACAAAAAAGCUUCAGAGAAGCUGUUGGGCUCCAUUGAUGUGGACCACACUCAGUACAAGUUUGGGCACACAAAGGUGUUCUUCAAAGCAGGUCUGCUGGGUACCCUGGAGGAAUUGAGAGAUGAUAAACUGGCUGCGCUGGUGACCAUGACUCAGGCUCUCUGCAGAGGUUUCCUCAGUAGAUUAGAAUUUGUUAAAAUGAUGGAGAGGAGAGAUGCAAUCUUCACAGUCCAAUACAACAUCCGCUCAUUCAUGAAUGUGAAGAACUGGCCAUGGAUGCAUCUGUACUUCAAGAUCAAGCCUCUUCUGAAGACCGCUGAGACUGAGAAGGAGCUUCAACAAAUGAAGGAGAACUAUGAUAAGAUGAAAUCAGAUCUGUCUACUGCACUGACCAAGAAGAAAGAACUGGAGGAGAAGAUGGUUUCUCUGCUGCAGGAAAAGAAUGACUUGCAAUUACAAGUGGCUUCAGAAGGUGACAAUCUCUGUGAUGCUGAGGAAAGGUGUGAAGGGCUCAUCAAGAGCAAAAUCCAGCUGGAGGCCAAACUCAAAGAGACAACUGAGAGACUGGAGGAUGAAGAGGAGAUGAAUGCUGAGCUGACUGCUAAGAAGCGGAAGCUGGAGGAUGAAUGCUCUGAGCUGAAGAAAGACAUUGAUGACUUGGAGCUCACCUUGGCUAAAGUGGAGAAGGAGAAACAUGCCACAGAAAACAAGGUGAAAAACCUGACGGAGGAAAUGGCAUCUCAAGAUGAGUCUAUUGCCAAGUUAACCAAGGAGAAGAAAGCCCUCCAAGAGGCUCACCAGCAAACACUUGAUGAUCUCCAGGCAGAGGAAGACAAAGUCAACACUCUGACCAAGGCCAAGACCAAGCUGGAACAGCAAGUGGACGAUCUUGAGGGAUCACUGGAGCAAGAGAAAAAGCUUCGCAUGGACCUUGAGAGAGCCAAGAGGAAGCUUGAGGGAGAUCUGAAACUGGCCCAGGAAUCCAUAAUGGAUCUGGAGAACGACAAGCAACAAUCUGAUGAGAAAAUCAAGAAGAAGGACUUUGAGAUCAGUCAGCUUCUCAGCAAGAUUGAGGAUGAACAGUCUCUUGGUGCUCAGCUGCAGAAGAAGAUCAAAGAACUCCAGGCUCGUAUUGAGGAGUUGGAGGAAGAGAUUGAGGCUGAAAGGGCGGCUCGGGCCAAGGUGGAGAAGCAGAGGGCUGACCUCUCCAGGGAGCUCGAGGAGAUCAGUGAGAGGCUUGAAGAAGCUGGUGGAGCAACAGCAGCUCAGAUCGAGAUGAACAAGAAGCGGGAGGCUGAGUUCCAGAAGCUGCGUCGGGAUCUUGAAGAGUCCACCCUGCAGCAUGAAGCUACCGCAGCAGCUCUCCGCAAGAAGCAAGCUGACAGUGUUGCAGAGCUGGGAGAGCAGAUCGACAACCUGCAGCGCGUCAAGCAGAAGCUGGAGAAGGAAAAGAGCGAGUACAAGAUGGAGAUUGAUGACCUCUCAAGCAACAUGGAGUCUGUUGCCAAAUCAAAGAGCAACUUGGAGAAAAUGUGCAGAUCUCUUGAGGACCAGUUCAGUGAGCUCAAAUCCAAAAAUGAUGAGCACGUUCGCCAACUGAAUGACAUCAAUACCCAGAGGGCUAGAUUACAGACAGAGAACGGUGAGUAUUCCCGUCAGCUCGAGGAGAAAGAAGCUCUGGUUUCCCAGCUGACCAGGGGCAAGCAGGCGUUCACUCAGCAGAUUGAGGAGUUUAGGAGGCACAUUGAGGAGGAAGUGAAGGCCAAGAACGCCCUGGCCCAUGCUGUCCAGUCCGCCCGCCAUGACUGUGAUCUGCUCAGAGAACAGUUUGAGGAGGAGCAGGAGGCCAAGGCAGAGCUGCAGAGAGGAAUGUCCAAGGCCAACAGUGAGGUGGCCCAGUGGAGAUCCAAAUAUGAGACUGAUGCUAUCCAGCGAACUGAGGAGCUGGAGGAGUCAAAGAAAAAGCUUGCUCAGCGCCUUCAGGAGGCUGAGGAAUCCAUCGAGGCUGUGAACUCCAAGUGUGCGUCUCUGGAGAAGACCAAGCAGAGGCUGCAGGGGGAAGUGGAGGAUCUCAUGAUUGACGUGGAGAGAGCUAAUUCUCUGGCUGCCAACCUUGACAAGAAGCAGAGGAACUUUGAUAAGGUCCUGGCAGAAUGGAAGCAGAAGUAUGAGGAGAGCCAAGCGGAGCUGGAAGGAGCCCAGAAGGAGGCUCGCUCUCUCAGCACUGAACUCUUCAAGAUGAAGAACUCCUAUGAGGAGGCUCUCGACCAACUGGAGACCAUGAAGAGAGAAAACAAGAACCUACAGCAGGAGAUCUCAGACCUGACUGAACAGAUCGGAGAUACUGGAAAGAGUAUCCAUGAGCUGGAAAAAGCAAAGAAGACUUUGGAGACUGAGAAGACUGAAAUUCAGACAGCACUGGAGGAAGCCGAGGGUACACUGGAGCAUGAGGAGUCCAAGAUUCUCCGUGUUCAACUGGAGCUCAACCAGAUCAAAGGUGAGGUUGACAGGAAACUGUCAGAGAAGGAUGAAGAGAUGGAGCAGAUCAAGAGGAACAGCCAGAGGGUGACGGACUCCAUGCAGAGCACUCUUGACGCUGAGGUCAGGAGCAGGAAUGAUGCCCUGAGAAUCAAGAAAAAGAUGGAGGGAGACCUGAAUGAGAUGGAGAUUCAGCUGAGUCACGCCAACAGGCAGGCCGCUGAGGCCCAGAAACAACUGAGGAACACCCAGGGACAGCUCAAGGAUGCCCAACUGCACCUUGAUGAUGCUGUCAGAGGACAGGAGGACAUGAAGGAGCAGGUUGCCAUGGUGGAGCGCAGGAAUGGCCUGAUGCUGGCUGAGAUUGAGGAGCUGAGAGCCGCUCUAGAGCAGACAGAGAGGGGACGCAAAGUGGCCGAGCAGGAGCUGGUUGAUGCUAGUGAGCGCGCGGGACUUCUUCACUCUCAGAACACCAGUCUCAUGAACACCAAGAAGAAGCUGGAGACUGACCUUGUCCAGGUACAGGGUGAAGUGGAAGAUUCAGUUCAGGAAGCAAGAAAUGCUGAAGAGAAAGCCAAAAAGGCUAUCACUGACGCUGCCAUGAUGGCAGAGGAACUGAAGAAGGAGCAAGACACCAGUGCUCACUUGGAGAGGAUGAAGAAGAACCUGGAGGUCACAGUAAAGGACCUUCAGCACCGUCUGGACGAGGCUGAGAACCUCGCCAUGAAGGGUGGCAAGAAGCAGCUCCAGAAAUUGGAGUCCAGGGUGCGUGAGCUGGAAGCUGAAGUUGAAGGCGAGCAGAGACGUGGAGCUGAUGCUGUGAAAGGUGUCCGCAAAUAUGAGAGGAGAGUGAAGGAGCUGACCUACCAGACUGAAGAGGACAAGAAGAAUGUGACCAGACUUCAGGACCUUGUGGACAAGCUGCAACUUAAAGUGAAGGCUUACAAGAGACAAGCGGAAGACGCUGAGGAGCAGGCCAACACUCACAUGUCAAGACACAGAAAGACCCAGAAUGAGCUGGAGGAGGCUCAGGAGCGUGCUGACAUCGCUGAGUCUCAGGUCAACAAGCUGAGAGCCAAAAGCAGGGAUGGUGGAAAGUGUGAGUCUGCUGAGUGAGAGACCUCCUCGGGUUAAGGCCUUUCCACAAAGUUCAUAAAAUAUGAACUAGUGCCUGGGGCCUUUACCUUUUCAAUAAAGGUUAUAAUUGCAAUCCAGAA